UUGUCACAUUUUGUUUGUACAUUUUGAAUUGAAUUUAUUAACUUUUAAGUGUGUAGUUCGGAUGCUAUUAUAAAUAGAAAUAUUUCAGAAUUUGUAAAUGUUGUAAUCAGCGUGCAGAGUUAAGCCAAAACUAAAUUCCCUAAAAACUUUAAUAAAAAUAAAUUGAAAUGGAUUUUGAGAAUACCCGCGUAGUAAAAAAACAGAAACAAUCGUCUCGUAAAGAUAACAAAUCAGAAGGAGCAAUGAAGAAACAGUUGAAACAAAUGUUAUUUGGAUAUAAGCGAAGUGAUAGCAAACUUAUAAAGAAUUGCGUAGAUUCUAGUGAGUUUGAAUAUCAUGAUGAUUCGAGUUCUGUUAGUGGAUUUUCAGAUUUAAACCUCACAAAUUCUAGCAAUGACGCAGUCACAACACGUGAAAAUUUAGCAUCUGAUGAUGAUGUGGAUUUAUCAGACAUUGAGGAAGAUAUUAAUAGUAAAAACAGUGAUAAUAUCAACCUUUCCCAUAUUUCAAAUGAUAGUUCUAAGAGCGAUAUAGAAUCUAUAUCAGAGUAUAAAGAUAAUAAUUUAAGCCUUUCUGAUGAUAUGCAUAGCAGUAAUAUAACAUCAUACACUGAAACCAAUAGUGAUAUAUCCAUAAUUAGUAGUUUAUCUGGAACAUCUUCAGAAAAGGACACAGAAAAUUCUGACUUUGAUGCAGAUGGAGAAUUAGCUAUGAAAAUAUUGGAUAAGUUAGGUAAACAUAAGCCAAGUAAGAAAUCAAAAAAAAGAAAACUAGAAAUAGAAUCACAAUCACAAAAGAAACUUCCUAAUAACAUAAGUAAAGAAAAAAAUAAAGGAAAUAAUAUACAUAAUAUUCCUAAAAUAGAAAUUAGUACAAAACAUAAAGAGUCUGAAGAUGACACAAGUAUUGAAUACUCUAAUUCUCCAGCUUUUAUAUCAGUUGAUGCUUCAGAUAUGUCAGAUCAAAAGUUGAGUGAACUCUUAGGGGAUUAUAAAUAUCCAACAAUAAAAAACCUUCCAACUGAUAUACAAAUAAUAAAUUCAACAAAUAAAUCAUACAAUUUUACUAUAGAGGAUAUGAAUAUUGAAGACAUUAAAAUACAGGAAGAAGUUGAUAGCAUAACUUCUGAAUGUGAUUAUUUUACUAGUGAAGCUAAUAUUGAAACUACUGAUAAUGAUGUAAGCAUAGCACCAACCAUAGAAGAUGUAUAUGAUGACACAGAAAGUAUUUCUGAAAAAGAAAUGUCAAUAGAUUCAGUAGAAGAGAAUUGUCAAAGCCCCAUUAAGUAUUAUUAUGGUGAUAACUGUUGCAUCUUUGUAUUAAAGUAUCCAGCUGAAUUAUUUAUUCAUGGAAAAGUACAUUUGAAAGCAUUAGGGGGCAGUUUAGACUUAUUUGGUUUUAAAUUGAAUGAUGAAGUGUAUGAGAUUUAUGCUCCAAAUUAUAAUUAUGCCCAUUGUUUGAAAACUAUUGCGAGUCAAAAUUUAUACAAUGGCUUAUUUAGUAAAUUAACAGCUGAAGGCCUCUCGGUGUCUGAUGCUGAAGAAAUAGUUACAACAAUUAAUGAUAAUGAUGGAGUUAUUAGUCUAAGUAAACUUAACAAUCAAAAGAUGGAUUUUGUAGAAAGUAAUAUGCCAUCUACUGACUUGUUUGAUAAAGUCAGUAGAAAUGUUGAUCCAUGUUUAAGAAAAGUUUCAGAAACUCUUGGCUGUUCCUUAUAUUCAACUAGGCAGGGGAAAUCUAUUGAAGAAGUGACUUGCUGGAGAAAAGUAGCUGAACAUGGUUUAUCUGGUCAGAGUAGAGGCAUUGUUUGUGGCGGCAAAGGUGUUGGAAAGUCGACGUUUCUUCGUUACUACGUGAAUAAGCUGGUGUCACGAGGGCCCGUACUAGUGGUAGACCUUGAUCCGGGACAGGCGGAAUUUACAGUCGCUGGCAAUAUAUCAGCUACAGUUGUGGAUAAGCCACUAUUGGGACCUAACUUUACACAUCUCAAGACACCCCAUAUGAUGUUAAACUUGGGCAUGAUCAACACAAUGGACAAUCCAAGACGAUACGCCACAGCCGUCAGCGCUCUAAUUAGUCACUGUUGUAACAACGAACAGUUGAAAUCUAUGCCAUGGAUUAUAAACACAAUGGGUCUUUGCAACGCUAUGGGAUUAAAGUUCAUGGUUCUUACGAUACUUCAAGCACAACCAACACACCUGCUACAAAUAGAUUCUAAAAAUCCAAAACAUAGAUUUGAAAUGUAUUUAGACUCUCGAACUAUAAAGAAUUUAUAUGAAAAUACUUAUAAAAAUGACUAUCUAUUCAAAAAUUUGGACUUAACAUUGGAUUUCGAUUAUUCAUUCUUUGUAGCACAUCAUACGGAAAAUCCAGUUAAAAAAAACUACUCAUUGCCUGCAAGAGAUGAGAGAUAUUUAAAUUUUUUAGCUUAUUUUGGCGAUAUGUUAGUUGCUAAAGAGCAAACUAGUUUAUUAGUUAUAAAACCAUAUGAAGUAAAUUUGAAAGACCUGCAUAUUGGAUUGAAUGUCAAAAUUAGCGAAGAUGCUGUAACGAAGGUGAUCAAUGGUAAAAUAGUAGCGCUAUGCCAACUAACUACGCAAGAUAAAGUCGGUGAUGUGUUUACCCUGGGAGAUAAGCCUGUGUUGUGUCACGGACACGGGCUAAUACGAGGAGUUGACUUGGAAAAACAAAUUCUGUAUGUCAUUACCCCGAUACCAUAUGACAAACUGUCUCUAGUCAAUACAUUGGUGUAUGCUGAUUGGGUACCAGAGAUAAUGGGUCAAGAAAGGCAUCUACCAGAUGGUAUCACUGUGCCCUAUCGUACAGCCACCAUGUAUCAAAAGAGACAGCUAAUGUUCGCGCCAAAGAGAAGAUUCAAUCCACUACAACUAUUGAAAAUGACAAGGAAUGCCUAAAUUGAAACUGUCAAUGAUUAGUUAAUAAAUUUGUAAUUGGAAUAGAUCCAAAAUAUCUUAAAUUAUAAAAGGAAGUCUAAUAAUUAUUUUAUGUUAAUUAAUGUAUAUUUGAAAGAUAAUUUUUUUACUUACAAUACUAAUAAAACA